AUGGGUUCCAAAACAGACACCAAGGUUGAUACAGAACAGCCCUUACCGGCGUUGUCAGAGUGCCAAACCUUCAACGAGGAUGAAAAGGUUUCGUAUCUGAUUCAACAGGAUCCAGACGUAGAUGAUGAAUACAAUGUGCCAGAGCAGCGAAAAAUCAUUCAUAAGGUCGAUCGACGACUCCUGAUUCUCUUGGGAUGUAUGCAAGCCGUGUCGUUCUUGGACAGAGCGAACAUCGCCAAUGCUGCUGUGGCUGGAAUGGAAGAAGCGUUGGGACUGGAGAUUGGAAACCGCUACUCCAUAGUCUUGAUCGUCUUCUAUCCUCUUUAUAUUUGUCUCCAAUUUCCAGCAUCGAUACUUGUUCGUAAAGUCGGCCCGCGCAUCUUCUUAUCGACAAUUGUUCUUCUUUGGGGAAUCGUUAUGAUUUGUUUUGCUUUUGCCAAAUCAUGGAAAAUCCUGAUUCUCCUGCGUAUACUUGUUGGAGGUCUGGAAGCUGGUUGCUUUCCAAGCCAAUACUAUCUCAUAUCCUCGUGGUACUCACGCUAUGAUCUGUACAAGCGAACUUCCAUAUUUUACCUCAUCGGUGUCCUAGGUUCUGCACUCUCCGGAGUACUGGCCCUGGGAUUCUCCAAGAUGGAUGGUCUCAGUGGUCGCGCCGGCUGGCAGUGGAUCUUCAUCAUGGAGGGCAUUAUCACUUGCUUGAUUGAGAAUGAGAGCGCCUAUAUCAUCAGACGGAUUAAUCGCGAUCGCCAAGAUGCCGAUCUAGACAAUUUCUCAUUCCGGAAAUUCCUUAAGCCCGCUUUAGAUGCUAAGGUUUGGGCCUUUGCUAUGAUUUUCUUAUGCACCACGAUGCAGGCGUACUCAAUUGGAUAUUUCCUCCCCGUCAUUCUCGAGACAAAAAUGGGAUACUCGACCUCUCAAACUCAAGGCCUAAGCACCCCUCCCUAUAUUAUCGGUAUGAUCCUCAUGUUCGUCCAAGGAUGGCUUAGUGACAAGAUCCGCCUUCGAUAUCCGUUCUUAUAUUUUAAUGCCAUCAUUAACAUCGUCGGACUGUGCCUCAUGGUUUGGGCAUCUUCGGCUGGUGUGGAGUACUUUGGUGCAAUCCUAGUGACAGCUGGUAGCAGCGCCAACUUGCCGACUGUUAUGGUGUUCCAGUCGAACAAUAUCCGUGGUGCAUGGAAGCGAGCCUUCUGUAGCGCUAGUAUGAUUGGUUUGGGAGGUACGGGUGGUAUUGUUGGAAGCCUGGUUUUCCGAUCUCAGGAUGCGCCGAAGUAUCUUCCAGGAAUUUAUACUUGUUUGACUGCAAACGGCCUUAUCGUUGCGAUUACCACAGUUACAGUGGUGUAUUUCCUGAUGCAAAACAAACUGGCCGACAAAGGUCUGGCUAUCAUUGAGAGACUCCCGAGCUUUCGCUAUACUCUGUGA